AUGCAGGAGCCGAGUCCAUGGAUCAUAUUUUUAGAAAAUGCCCUAUUUCAGUUUCAGUAUGGAGUUUGUGCGUUGUGGGCCAUCUGCGGAGACAGAAAUACUCGAAUCCAUGAUAAAGUCAGUAGAAGAGGUCAGGAUAUAGCAGCCUUUGUAAAAAACUAUAUUAAAGAACUUGAUGGGGUUGAAUCAAGAAACUCAAAAAACUGGAAGGAGGUUGAGAAAUGGAAACACCCACCCGGACAAGCAGUAAAAAUCAACUUUGAUGGAGCAUAUGAUGCGAGACUCUUUCAAUCGGCUUCAGGGAUUGUGGUGAGAAACAGAGAAGGAGAUAUUCUCCUAUCUUGCUCGGAAAUUCAUCAAGAAGUCCCCUCCGCUUUCGCUGCGGAAGCGAUCGCUUGCAAGAAAGCAACCCAGAUAGGAAUCAAAAUGAAAUGGUCAGACAUUAUCAUUGAAGGAGAUUCGCUAUCGGUUAUUAAAAAAUACAAGAUGGAAAGACACGACAAAUCACAGAUCGGGGUAUUUAUUCAUGAUAUUAAGCAGGCAACAUCUAGAUCAAAGCAUCUCAGAUUCGAACAUACUCCAAGAUCAGCAAAUGGCCUAGCACAUAUACUAGCAACAGAAACUUUGAAGACGAAAGAAGAGAUAUACCUGGUUGAAGGAGUUCCUCGAUUUGCAGAACUGCAAAAGGUUCUUGAUAGUGAACGAGAACCAGAUUGA